AUGAGCAACGACAAGACGGCCUCGUUGAUGGCGUCUUUGACGCUUGGCGCGGCGAGUAGUGGUCCUGCCGGUGGAGGCGAUGGUGACGAAGAUUUGUUUGGCGACAUUCCUAUUGACGAUACUCCUCCUCCUGUUGUAGCUGCUCCAGCGCCAUUUCCCCAGGCGCAACAACAACCAGUAGCCAUGCCCAAUACGACCUUGAAUGGCAGUGUCUAUCACGACCCAAUGUCCAUGCCACCUCCACAGCAGCAACAGCAGCCCAACCCUGCCAGUAUGCCACCGAGCAACGGCAACAGCAACAACUUUCCCUAUCCUCAACCCCAGCAAAUGAUGCCCAAUGCUCCCAACAUUACCUAUGUGGAACCAAGCAGCGCUAAUCCCAUGGCGGCGAGUCAACCCGUCAUUUCGGCAGUUCCACCGGCUUCUGCUACUAGUAACAACAACAUGUCCAAGUCGCUACUCUUGAAUUCGGGAUUGUUGGGCGCUGGUCCUUCCAGUGACGAGAAAAAGGCCGAUCUGGGUGGAAUGAUGAUGAGUGGUGGAGGAGGAGGACUCUUUGAUGAUAUUGACCAAGAAGAACAACAAAAGGCGCAAGCAGCAGCCGCCGAAAAGAAACGUCAAGAAGAAGAGGCAGCCGCGGCCGAACAACAGAGGAAAUUGGAAGAACAGCUUCAACAGCAACAAGAGCAACAGAGACUUCAACAGCAACAACAACAACAACAAACUCUGCCAGGACAACAAAUGCAGAAUAAUCAGCAGCAGCAAAUGAUGAUGAAUCAACCCGGACAAAUGAGCCAACCGGGACACAUGCAGAAUAGUAUGCAAAAUAGUAACCAGCAGCAGCAGCCGAUGAGCAGCCAGCAACCAGGACAAAUCAACCAACCCGGACCGACCAUGCCGAACAGUCAGCCGCAACCGAACAAUACUAUGCCGCAACAACCCGUCAACCAAAACCCAAUGAUGCAGCAGCAACAACCACAACAACCACCGGCUCAAAUCAAUGUCCCAGGAAUCAUGUAUCGAGAACACGCUCCGGACAUUAACAGCGGUGGUGGAAUGGCGGCACCACCACAACAGCCGCAAGCUCCCAUGCAGCAGCAGAACAAUGCCAGUCCCAAUCGAUACUAUCAACCAUCCACGCAAGGAAGUGUCAUGGCGGGAAUGCACAAUACAGCACCCAUGCCACAACAACAGCCCUACGGCGGAAUGCAACCACAACAACGCGUCAUGCCCGCACAAUCGGUACCCAUCACCAGACCCCCCGAUGUGCCCACGUAUUAUGGCAAGGUUGUCUGCAACGAUCCGGUACUGUUGCAGGCACCCUCGAAAUUGUUGGGAAUGGUGAGUAGUCCACCCCAUUGGUCCUAUCAAUUCACCACACAAAUCAAGGGACAACCACCCAGUGUGUGGAUGGUCCGACGACGAUUCCGACAUGUCGUGGCGUUGGAAGAUCGAUUGAGAGUCGAAUGUCCAGGAGCUAUUCUGCCACCGAGACCCGACAAGCACGUCGGUCGCGCUAUUGAAGAAGCCUCGACGCAUCAAUCGGCAGAAUUUGCCUGGCAGCGGGCUGGAGAAUUGGAACAAUGGCUCAAUGCACUCGUGGGGCAUCCCGAAGUGUUUGCCAGUCAGUCAUUGAAAAUGUUUCUAGGAUUGCAAGACGAUAUGGGCACGGCAUGGCCAGAGGUAUCGUCCAAUGCAUUCACUCGCAUGAGUAGUGCCGUCACGACUGGCAAUGCGUCGGCGUCCUUUGGUGGUUUCUUUGGCAGCACGGCGGCUCCGGCCAACACCAACCCUGGUCAAACCGGUGUCAUGAACAAUGUGAUUGGAUCCGUGGCUAACAACAUGGGAGUUGGCGAAUUGGCGGAAGCCAUCACGGAAGACUCGGCGGAAUUGUUGGCUUUGAGUUCCAGCGAAUCGAUUCGCAUGGGAGCCAUUUUGCAGGCAGUGCCCAAGCUGGAAGGGGCCGUGACGCUCCUUCGAGAACAAGGCGAAGGUGCCGGUGCUGUCGGUAUGGAAUUGAACCGCUUGGCCAAGGAAGUUUUGCAGCAGGGCGAUCGCGAAUUGGCCAUGCCCUUGGAAAUCUUUUCGAAUGGAUUGUUGCGGUACGGACGACGCACCAAGCGAUUGGGACAGGAGAUUGGUCAGGCGACCAUGUCGUCAUUCCACAAGCAGUACAAGCUAUGUCGCUACGAGAAACUCGCGUGGGGCGAUCGUCGCAAUGCUCUGGCCAAGAGAACGAAAGAACGUGGUAGGGCUGACAAGCGUGCCCAGCAGCUGAUGGUGCACCAGCAACAGUACGGACAACAGUAUGGCGGCGGGUACGGACACCAACAACCAGGCGGAUACGGCGGUCAACCGAACAACAUGAUGAUGAACAAUCAAUACAAUGGAGGUAAUCCAAUGGAUCAGAUGAUGAGCAACGCCACCAUGAGCGACAACAUGGCAGUCAGUGCCGUGCGAGAGUGCGAUGAAAUUGGCGAGAGAUUGAAGCGCGAAGUUAACCGUAUUUCCUUUUCGCGUCGUAUGGAUUGGUCCAAGAGCAUGAAGGUGAUUGCCAGCUACAUGAAAGAAGCCGCGGCGGAACGUGUUGCCAUUUGGGAGAGUACUCGAGACACCUUCUUGCAGACUUUCCCCGAAUACCACAAUGAUACGUCACAGUGGACGAACGUGUCGUCGCCUCGCAGCGUUGCUCCACAACCGCAACAGCAGCAGAUCCAGCAACCUGUGAUGGGCCAACCGCAAAUGAGCAGCAUGAAUCCUGGCAUGAACAUGAAUAGCAGUUUUAUGGGCCAGGGUGCUCCUGCUGCUUCUAUGGGCAUGGGCCAGAGCUACAUGCAAGUUCCUCCCCAACAACAACAGCAGCAACCGCAGCAGUUUGUUCACAACAGCAUGAUGAACAGUGGCAUGAUCCAACCACCCCAACAACCACGUUAA